GGGCGUGAAGGCGCAGGGCAGUUUCUCCAUAGUAACAAUGACAAAACAAGCCAGUUCAACACCAGGCAGGCAAAAGGGAUGAUUUGCAGCUGCUGAACAGAAGCACACGGACUUGUGCCGCGGAGUCCUGUUCAUAUAAGGAAAGGAGGAAGACCAGUUCGGAAAUAAGAGAAGAAGAGUGGAAACAGAAGAGUUUUAUGUGUGUCAAAGGAGGCAACACGUGAGAGGACACACACACUUAUACCUGCAUGCCCUCACACUCGUACCCCUUCCAGCAUGGACCGAGACAGUCACAGCGAGGACACUUUGUCCACCAUGGUUCUGGAGAACAUUAAAAACAAACUGAUUCAUGCCUUCAGGGCGACAGGAGAGUCUAGAGAAAACCCUCAGGACUCCACCGGCUCCACUGUCAGACCAGUCAGCAUCGGCAGGAGUUACCAAGCCAACGAAGAGCUGAGGAGGGCGCAGAUAGAUGGAGCCAUAACCUGGCUGAGGUCUGAACUGCUGGAGAUGCGCUCACAGGACCUCCAGCUGGCUCAGACACUACUGGGGCUCAACACAGAGAUCCAAAGACUGAGGAGGGAGAGCUUCGGAGGAGUGGAAGUAGAGGGGGAUGAUCAGCAGUAACCGGCCCCAGUAGAGAGCCCCUUCUCUGGGGUGAUGACUCAAGAGUGACUAGAAGUGGAAAAAUGCCCUUAACUGGAACCCAUGGCAGACAAGGAAAUGGAUCUGAUGCUACUGAACAGAAAAGAUUGAAUUGUUUGUGAUAAAGGCUCAUUGUAAUAAAAUGUGUCAUGGUAAAAACAGACACCAGUUGCAUGUAAAGUAACCUGGGUAGAGGAAAGAGAAAGACAAAAGGUGCUUUCUUUUAGAUGUUUUGCACUUAUGCUGAGUUGUACUAAAGACACCUGUUUGUACAUGUUUUGUUUCUUUAGGUCAGAAAACAAGACAUUAUGAAUGUAAAAAUGUCACAAUUUCAUGUUGACAUGUUUUGUGUUUUUGACAAAAAAAAUAAAAUGUGCUCCAUGA